AUGGUUGGCCAAAAACAAGUCGUCUUCGACAUUGUCGGCACCCUCGUCUCCUUCGACGAAUACCACGCACAAAUCGACCAAGCCAUCGGCGACAAACUACGCAGCAACAACAUCACCCCCAAAUUCUUCGGAUACAGCUGGAUGACAGCCGCCGAAUUAGAAUUCACAUUUCUCUCCAUCUCCGAACGCUACAAGCCGUACAAAGGAAUCCUCGAAUCAACUUUUUACCGCACGUUAUGGUUAGCAGGCAUAACAGAUCCACGAGCUCUAUGUACAGAUAGGGAACGCGAUGCCUGUGUGGAAGGCUACUCCGAACUACAGCUUCGAGCAGGCGCCAAAGAAUGUUUUGAGAUAUUGCAAAAAGGAGGAUUCAAAGUAUGGUUAUUAACGACAGCGGAUCUGCAGCGCGUGCAGGGUUAUUUCUCAAAAGGCGGCGUAGAAAUACCAGCAGAGAACUUCAUCUCCUGCGACAGUUCAGGAGUGGCCAAACCGGCGUUGUCGGCGUAUAGGAGUGCAUUGGCGAAGUUUGCGCCGGAUGACGAAACGUGGUUUGCGGCGGCCCAUAUGUGGGAUGUGUCGGCUGCGAAGAAAGUUGGGUUUAAGGGGGCUUAUUGUACGGAGUAUGAGAAAGAACCGUGUUUGGAUAUCUUUGAUGCGGAGAUGGAUGUUAUGGCUGAUACGUUGCCGGAGAUGGCGAAGAAGAUUGUGGAAGCUGCUUCUUUAUGA